AUGGGUACCGUUCUCUCCAUAUCUCCCGCGACCAAAAAGGCGUCCAUCAUGGAGGCCGAGGCCGCGGCGGGAGACGCGCACAAGAACGACAAGAGCCUGAAACGGCACUCGAUGUUCGUGUCUCUCUCCUGGAAGAAGCUGGUGGCCAAUUCGGCCAAGAAGAGCGCCAAGAAAGUCACCCCGAAGCCGAUGCCCGCCUGCGACCCCGCGUCCAGCCAGGUGGCGCAGCUCAACAGCGAGAACGCGAGGAAGACCGAGGAGAAGAAACCCAAAGCGCCCAUCCCGGUGCCGGUGCCCACCGUCCCCACGCAGAAUAGCGAGGUCCAGAACGGGAGGCUGUCCACCGUGCAGAAGCAGCCCAGCAGCGUCUCCCUGGUGUCCCCCCGGCGCGUGGUCAUCCAGGCGUCCACCGGCGAGCUGCUGCGCUGUCUGGGGGACUUCAUGUGCCGCAGGUGUUACAAACUGAAAGACCUGAACAGCGGAGAGGUGAUCCUCUGGUUCCGGAACAUCGACCGGACGCUUCUGAUCCAGGGCUGGCAGGACAUCGGCUUCAUCACGCCGGCCAACGUGGUGUUCGUGUACCUGCUGUGCGAGGACGCGAUAACGGACAGCGUCGCGAGCGCGUCCGAGCUGCAGGGCACCUUUCAGACGUGCCUGUACCUGGCCUACUCCUACAUGGGCAACGAGAUCUCGUACCCGCUCAAGCCGUUCAUGAUCGAGGCGAACAAGGACGUUUUCUGGGAGACGUCGCUCCGGAUCAUCGACAGGAUGAGCGCCAAAAUGCUGCAGUUGAACGCGGACCCGCACUUUUUCACCGAGAUCUUCCAGGACCUGAAAAACCAACGCGACGCCAGCGAGACCACCCUGGACCGCUGA